AAAAAUUUUGAAGCAGUAGAAGAGUUCUUCCGUAUUGUUUCCAAGGUUUUGACGACUAAUUUUCCAUCUUUUCAGUACCAUUACUGUAUGCUCUACAUGGCUCUGCCCUCGCGCAUUACUAUCAUACUUUAUGCACUGAAAAUCAUUGAUGUUCCAGGUGGCUUUGCACUUCGAGUGGUUUUUUAUAGUUCCAAUAAUUUUUUCUUGAAAAAAAGAAUUGUUAUUAGUUUUAUAAAAUAUCCUACAGCUUUUAUGGAAGCAGAUAACUGCAAGGCUACAGAAAAUCUUCAUUCAACACCACCGUUCUUGAUCGUAUGUUAUGUGAAUAUUUUUUGUAAGAGUAUGCUUUCUAUUGCUCUUUUGACUACGUUGAUGGAACGGUUCAUCGCUUCCCACUAUAUCAGCGAUUAUGAGACGAAAUCUCGUCCCUGGAUCGCCGUCGCUGCCAUCAUCAUUUCAUUUUCAACAUCCUCCUUGUGUACAUUUGCACUAUUCACCGGUAAGGAAAGGUUCGAAUUCAAAACAACAAUAACGACUUCAGUCGGGUUUUCGUAUAGAGUAAUCUGCUAUAAUUGUUUACCCUCUUUCUUACUAUUGCGCGACGCUCGUUGA